AAGGCUCGGGCGCAGGCGCGGCGCAGUGGCGGCUGGGGAGGCGGAGCUGAGGGGGCAGUUUGCCUUGGCCCGGGGCCGCGCUGGGCCUGGCUGUGUCCCUGUGCUCCCCCUACCCCUCAGGGGUCUCUCUUCCGCCAGCUGCCGCUGCCUGUGUUCGUGUAUGUGCGACCGCGUCUCCAGCCCCAUGAGGUAAUCCCAGAAGACCUUUCUUUACCAAACCCAGGGGCUGAUGCAUCCCAUUCCCUGCUUCGGUGCUGGACUCCUGCAUUCCAGGAUCUUUUCCCUACUGAUGGGAAUGAGGGUUUCUCCUCCCUAUUAUCUCUCAGCCUUGCUUGCUGCAGGUGUUUAUCUCCAGUGGAGAGAGCCAGUAAAAGGUUGGUUUAGGCGGCUCCUGCAUAAGCCCAAGCCCAGCUCAGUGGAAAGCCUCAAGUCCAGCCACUCUGCUUCAUCCUCACCUUCCUCCUCUUCAUCCUCUGCCAAGAGCUCCAGCUCUUCUCCUGGCAUGAGCUUGGCCACCAGCUCCAUCUCCCUGUCGCCUGUAUCAGCACCAGACAUCAGUGCCUCAGACAGUCCCCGGUGGGACAAGAGCUACGACGUCUGCAUCUGCCACAGCGAGGGGGACAUGGAGCUGGUGGAGGAGCUGGUGUCCUAUCUGGAGGGCCAACCUGAGAGCUUCCGUUGCUUCCUCCAGCUGCGGGAUGCGGUGGCAGGAAGCGCGGUGGUGACAGAGCUGUGUGACGCCGUGCAGAACAGCCACUGCUGGGUCAUGCUCAUAACCCCUGGCUUCCUGCAGGACCCCUGGUGCAGGUACCAGAUGCACCAGGCCUUGGCUGAGGCUCCGAUGGCCAAUGGACGCACCAUCCCAGUGCUGAAGGAUGUGGAUCGCAAGGAUUAUCCCAGGGAGCUGCGGAACAUCUACUACAUCUACAUGGCGCUGAAGGAGAAAAGCUUCAGGCAGAUCAGAGACACUGUCAUGCGCUACCUCCAGGAACUGUGCCAGAGCUCCACAAAGAGGAUGGAGUAGUGCUGGGAGCAGGCAGAUGUGUCCCCACAGGCAUCAUGGAGCUGUCACCGUUGGAUCUGGGUGUUGGCAUGUCCCAUUGGACCUUGAGAUCAAUCCUGAGCUGCUCAGAGCAGACCUGCAAACAAGGAUGGGAGAUCCCCACAUCUGUGAGGGACAGCAGACCAGAACCCACCACGUCCUGGUGGCCAAAAUCUUCUCAGCGGGGACAUGGACAUCCAUCACACAAACACUAAGUUCUGACACUGGGGUGUUCUCAGGGUCACCAGAGCUCUUUACUGUGCUGGCAUUCUCUGUCCUGAGGGCUCCGGGACCCCUACUAAGCUGACAAGGCGCCUGCUGGGCUGUAGGCAGGACAAGAUGAGGCAGGCAGUGACUUUGCACGGAAUCGUUGCGACUACAAAAAUGCAGAAGUUUUAAA